AUGCAAUCAGCUGAUACUAUCUUCUUGUUUUUGUUUUACUGACUCAAUCGGGGAGCUCAAAAAGGUUAAAAAGUGAUUUGUUGAAAGACACAGGAGGGGUUGGUACUCAAGACAGGAUUAGCAUCAGCGGAGUAUGACUGAUGAAGCUGAAUUCUGGACACAAAUUGAUAAUUUGACUGAAGAUCUGAAGAAAGAAGACAGAGCUCGCAAACUGAGAGAACAAUUUUGCCAAACGAUAGACCAAGAAGCUGUGAAAUAUGUGAGAACAAAAUGCAUUGGGAGUCAAGAUGUAUUGCACCGGAUAGAAGCUGUUGUAGAAAACAUAGUGACUUGCAUUGCCAGAGGAGAAGCACCAUAUCUUAGCUACUGCAGGAGAAACAGUUGGGAUAGUGUUAGUUUCAGAGAAGAUGUCGGACUGGAGAUGAAGAAUGAUGGAAAGAUGACUGAAGUGAGAUUUGAUGUACCUACUUCCACAAAUAAAUUUGCUCUCAUGUUGAAAGUCCUUGCCUUGUGCUACAGGCUUGUACAGACCGAUACAUAUUCAACAAAGAGAGACCUGUACUACAGCGAUGUUCAGUCAUUCGGCAGUCAGUCAAUUGUUGACGACAUCGUUGAUAAUCUAUGUUGUCUGUUGCAAGUUCCGAGACGAUGCCUUCAUAUUCUGGCUACCUCUAAAGGAUUGGUCUAUGGGGACCUACGCUUUACUGAUGUUUCUGGAUCCUACAUUGAUUGCAGCAGGAAUAGAACAGGAACACAAGUGCCAAAUCACGUUGUAGGAGUGACAAACAUCCAAAGUCGUGCUAGGUUUGUGUUGAUUAUUGAGAAAGAUGCUACCUUUCAGAAGAUAAUUGAUGAUGGUCUGGUGGACAGGAUACCUAACUGCAUCAUCAUUACUGGUAAAGGAUUCCCAGAUAUCAACACGAGAAUGCUGGUUCGUACACUGUGGGACACCUUGCAUAUACCUGUAUUUGCUCUUGUAGAUGCUGAUCCACAUGGGCUAGCGAUCCUCUUUGUAUACAAGUUUGGAUCAAGGUCUUUAAGCUAUGAAUCUCACAGCCUAACAGUCCCAUCCAUACGAUGGCUUGGUGUAUUGCCAUCAGAUGUGAAAGGAUUGAGGAUCCCAGAGGAAGCACUCGUACCACUCUCUCCGUCAGAUCUGAGGAAAGCUUCCCAUCUCAUGAGAAGACCGUUCUAUAAAGAGCUCCCUCAUUGGAUGUCAGAGCUACAAGAAAUGAUGAGAUCAGGAUACAAGGCUGAGAUCCAGAGCUUGACAUCGAUCUCAGAAACUUUCCUCACCGAUGUCUACCUACCAACCAAAUUAAGAUGUGGAGGAUGGAUUUGAGAAGAGCAUGACGUCGAUCUCAGAAACUUUCCUCACCGAUGUCUACCUACCAACCAAAUUAAGAUGUGGAGGAUGGAUUUAAGAAGAGCUUGACAUCGAUCUCAGAAACUUUCCUCACCGAUGUCUACCUACCAACCAAAUUAAGAUGUGGAGGAUGGAUUUAAGAAAAGCUUGACAUCAAUCUCGGAAACUUUCCUCACCGAUGUCUACCUACCAACCAAAUUAAGAUGUGGAGGAUGGAUUUGAAAAGAGCUGAGGAACUGAUAAAAUAUGGUUUAUUUUCUCAAAUUGAAUUGAAAAGGAAUGUACUAACCAAUGUACCUAUAUUGUAGUCUUGAUUUGGUUUAUAAAUUAUUUAUUCAUUAUUUCUUGCCGUAUCUGUGAGUGCUCUUUAUGUUUGACUUUUAGUCGGCAGUUGUAUGAUUACCAGUAUACAAAAAAUGUGGAAAAGUAUAGUUGAAGUGAAACUUUGAAGAAUAUUUAAAGGAGGAAAAAAGUUUGAAUAUAAGAGGGAUGAUAAGUGGCUAAUUGAUUAUAUGACCUCAUGAAUAUAAAGUCAAUGUAUUAUUGGCCUGGUUCCUAACUUUUAGAACCAGGCCAAUAAUACAUUGACUUCAAUGGGGCUAAUUAUGUAUUCAUGUCGUCAUAUCUCAGGCCCCCAUGGACCGAUUGUCACCAAAUAUUUAGCUGCACUAUUAGCCAUUGUAACAGGGGCAAUGUAUAUGAUAAUACCCAUAUAUAUAUCAUUUAUUUAUCAACAAAUUAUUGAUGUGUGAUAAAAAUAAACCAAGUAGGUUGCUUUUCCAUAAAUAGUAAAUUUACCAUGAAGUAAUAGUGUUCUUUCUGAAAAUUUCUGCUUUAAAGCGAUUAUGUCUACUUUCAGGCAUUGAAAUUAUAUAAGUAACUCCUUUCUCUUCUGAAAACAAUUGUGUAAAGCCAGAUGCAGACUACACAAUCUGUUUAUGAGCCGAUAAAUGGAAACGAAUGUAAUAGCGUUUACAUUACAAGCUGUACAAUCAAUAGUGGUAUAUUAAAAGCUUUGCAAUCAAUAGUUGUAUAUUAUUAAAAAUUGCAGGCUAUUGCCUCACAUUAGUGAACGCUUCAAAGACUAAGGAGAAAACAAAGUUUGACAUUUUUUAGUUCACUUGAGAAUGCAUAUGAAUACCGUGGAAGCUGGGUUAGACUUCAAGCAGUCCAGAAAAAAUGGUGUCAAAUAAACCCUGGAAUCUUUUUUUUUUGUUUUGUUUCAUCUACCAACUUUUAUUUAUAUAUUUUUUAGACCAAAUUACUAUUUUGGCUUAUUACAAAAAACCUUGCCAGGCAACUUGUUGGUUUGAGGUGAAGGGUCACAAUUAAUACUUCAUAUGUAAAUCCAAUAUUUGUGCAUACUUCUUUAUCAUUAUGUAAAUAUGGCAAAGAUAUGUACAGUAGUAUAUUGUAACUCCUUUGUAAAUAUAUUUAUUGGAGAAUAAUAGAUAUUUAUCUUGUGAACAAUAUAUAUUGAUACCAAUGAACUUAUCUAAAGAAUCUAAAGAACUUAUUUUUCUCGUGAGAUUCCAUUAAAUGAUACAAUGCUAUCAAUGCAUUAUUAUUUUUAUAUCAAAGCUUUAUUCAAUUACAUGUACUUCACUUUAGUACAAAUGUGAAAGCAUUUCCUUUUAUUGAUAGAAAUACCCAUUUUUAUGUUUUUCGAUGAAUCUGUACUGGAGAUAUUUUUGAUAUGGAGACAUUUAUAUAUAAUAAUUUAAAUUUCCAGGCUUAAAAGGUCUAUGUUUUUUUUUAAUAGUUUGUUUUCAAAAUGGUAUGAUUGAAUUUCUUCAUAUUAAUGAGUUUAAUAAACUUCAAAGACUUAUUAUUGAGUUAUUCAUUUACUUUAUAGAUUAUAAAGAGAUAGAUAUAUUGAUAUAUUUUGUUUGCCGUUGUUUGAUUAUUGUGUAGUAAAUGAUUAGAAUAUUCAAAUAAAGCUAUGAUUUGAAAUGGAU